AUGGAAAGAUAUCAGAAUCCAACCAGACCUCUAAUUAAUGAAAUUAUUGAAAAUAGGGUCAAAAUUGCAAGUCAGUGGAUUCCCAUAUGGAAUGCACUACAUGGUUACCAGGUGAAAAGAUCAAGAGAGGCCCAAUUUGCUAUAGAUAUGGAGAAAAGGAAUUGUACUUGCAGGUUAUGGGAGGUUAGUAGCAUUCCAUGUUGUCAUGCCAUUGCUGCCAUUCUUUUGAGGAAUGAAGACCCACGGGAGUACUUGAAUGUUUGUUAUAGUAGGCAACUAUUUCUCAAGCUUUAUCAAAAUGUGUUGCAACCAAUUAGUGGUGAGGAUCAUUGGCCCCCAUCAAUAAUGCCUGAAUUGGGGCCACCAGUCACAGUUGCUCAACCUGGUAGGCGUAGAAAAGCUAGGAGAAAGAACACAACUAAAGCAAAAACCACAGUAGAAAACUAA